CCACGCUCUGACGUCACACUUCCGCCCUCUUCAUUCUCGUGAACGCUGUAGCUGCGAAUGGUGGUGUGCUGGUGUGGCUGUCCGAAGACCCAGCAAAAUGGGUUCAAUCGAAAACAUUUCCGAACUGUGCCGUUUGUGUUUAGUUAAGGACCAAGUAAAUGUUCCAAUUUUCGAAGAAAACGCCACCAAGGAGCAGACUUUCGUCAAAAUCAACUCCUGUCUGCCGGUGAAGGUUUCUCGCGAUGACAGCCUGCCCAAAAAAAUCUGUGAUGGAUGUUCCUGUAAAUUAGAUAUGCUCUAUACUUUCCGGAACACGAGUGUAGAUUCCGAAAAACAGUUAUUAAAAUGGCUCAAUCAAGCCGGUCUAAGUUGUUCUCAGUCAGCGGUAAAAGACCCUCUAGCUAGUACAAAACCUGAAGUUACAAUUAAACAAGAAACUUUUGAACCAACCGAUUCACGAGAUGAUUUGGGUCUAGACACACAUAGUUACAUAAUGCAACAACAAAAGUUGCCUUAUUCCCAAGAAUUCGAAUUCGGGGAGCCUUCCGAGUCAAAUGUGGGGUUAAUGACUGAUGAACCUGCACCAAAGAAGGCGAAACGUGCCGCUGCUUUGAAUAAAGCUUCUGUUGAGACUGAUGAAGAUGAUCUUGAUGCUGCCAUGCAAAUAACGAAGGCGGAAGACGAAGAUAGUGAUGAAAUAGACCAACCUGAAUAUGUUGAAGCACCUUCGACUAGUGCCGAUGAUCAACCUGGCCCUUCAGGGGUGAAUAAGACGACCGUCGAAGCACCGUACAUUCCGGACAUUUUGACGCCGAUCGUGACCAUAAAGGAGCUCGAGUCCAAGCCACGCCGUCGCAAACGCAAGCCGGCCCUUGUGGACCCUUGCGACAUUUGCGGCAAAACCUUCAAGCAGAAAACCGGUUUAAAGGACCACCUCCAGAUGCAUAGCAAGUACUUCACCUGCGAAAAGUGUGGCACCACCUAUAAAAAACUGAUCGAUUACGUGAUCCAUAUGCGAAUCCACAACGACCAAAUGAACUUUGAGUGCAUUUUCUGUGAUUACACCACCGAUAACAUCGUCCAAAUCUCCGAUCACCUGAAAAACAGGCACGACCAAAUCAAACCAUACACUUGCGACAUUUGCAAGCAAAACUUCCCCAUUUUGAAGUGGUUCAAAGACCACGAAAACGACCACAAAAACCUCAAACCCUACAACUGCGAUCUGUGUGGCAAAAAUUUUGCAUAUGCCAGGUACUUGUCGGUACACAGGGCCCUAAUUCACAAGGCCAACCCGGAUUUGCACGAGUGUGUCAUUUGCAAGAAGCAGUACCAGCAUAAAAAUAGUCUUAAGCUGCACAUGAACAGCCAUACGGGCAAUGUUUCAGUGUGCGAUGUUUGCGGCAAGAUUUUGUCGAGUAAGGAGAAGUUGAAGUUUCAUUUGAGGACUCAUACGGGUUAUAAGCCGUUUUGUUGCACCUAUUGUGGCAAGUGUUUCACCAAAAAACCGAUUCUAGUCGAACAUAUACGGAUUCACACGGGCGAAAAGCCAUACGUUUGUGAAUAUUGUAUGAAGGCGUUUUCGCAGAGGUCCAGCUUGGUGAUACAUAUUAGGGGGCACACGGGGGAGCGGCCCUACGUGUGUAGCGCCUGCGGGAAGGGGUUUGUGGCCAAGGCCAUGCUUAACAUUCAUUUGAAGUCUUGUAAAGGACCCUAUUUGUUUUUGCAAAAUAUGUAGUAAAUUAUUAAAGAAAACAAAAUAACAUGCGGAAGGUUGUCAUUGAUGGACUUGGUUUUUUAUUUAAAAGAAUACUUUUGAUUUUUGUUCUAGGAGUUAGGAAAAGUCAAUUAAAAAGGAGUUAUGUUUUUUUUUUAGUAUUUGUUAUUUAUUUUACUAUUCCUAUUGCAAGUUCUUUACGUACGAAUUUUUUUUUGGUGUUAUUAAGCGAAAAUUUUGGAGUUGCGGUUCUGUUCUGCAGUAGAAAAACACGAGAAUUAAUUUAAUUAAUUAAUUUUAAGUUAGAUAUUUGUGAUACACUAUGUCCAAAGACUAUCUAGAUUAUUCAAUUUUUCAUGUGGGUGUGGUUAAUUGAAACAGUACUUUUUUGUGACUUUGUGUUUGAUAUACGGGGUAAUUUUUUAAACGAACAAUUUUUGGUAUCUCUGAAAAUCAAAGAAAAAUUUGAAAACUUCGAACAGGUCAGUUUUUAUUGACUUGGGUGCACUUUUUGGUAUAAUCAUUUUAAAAUCCUAACUACUCCCAAAAAAUUUGAAUGAGUAUUUUGUCGUAUCUUUAGCUUUUUUGAGUGUCGAUUAUUUUUUAUAAUAUAUUCUAAUGCUGUAAGAAAUGCUCUAAAUAAACUUGAAUAUUUAUUUUGAAUUAACAUUUGACAUUUUCAAUCAUCUACAGGAGGCGUUCAAAUUUUUCUCCAUGUUCUGUAUAAAAAGUUUUUCAAAAUCUUGGGGUACAUUUUGCUUUUAGGAAUUUUUCUUCGAACUGAUAUUUUGCUGUUUUAAAUCUUCUUAGUUUUCUUAUGAUGUUUUAUAGAUAACUUUAUAGGUAAAUAUCUUAAUUUUUAUGAACAAAAGUGUUUUGUUCUCCCAUUUUUUUAUUUUAUAAAAAAAUAAUUUUGAAUUUUUCUACACGAGGUUUUGAGAUUUUAUUGUCUUUUCUUUAGGUCUUUCUUAAACAUUAAUAUUUGAUCGAGGGGUAAGCUGCAGGGAAAUCGGUGUACAAAAUUGAGGAAAUCAAGGGAAAUCUUUUUAAAAAAUUUGUGAAAAUUUUGAAAAUUGAGGAAAUCUUAAGGAAAUCAGCGGAAAUCUUGUUAAAAAAAAUAGUGGAAAUAAUGGGAAAUCUAAAAAAAUUAGAGGAAAUCAUUAUUGAAUUAGUGGAAAUUUGAGAAAAUCUGGUGUACAAAAUUUGGGGUACGGUUUACCCUUCGAUAUUUUUUUGUGGGCGCACUUUAAGGAAUUCUACUUUUAUUUCAUUUGCUUUCUAAUUAAUUUUUCAGAGAACUUAAGGCCUGAAGAAGAGAUAUAAAAAUCUCGAAACGUUGCCGAAAAAUUUAUCAAUGUUUUUUUAAACUUAAAUCCUUAUUUCAUCUUUAAAAUUAUUUUUCAUCAUCUUCUCUGUCUAUUAUUUUGCACCGAUGCAGUUUCUUUGAACUUGGGCUAGUUUAAAAAGAACUUGCAAGGCGAAUUUCAAAGGAAUACAUACAUUUUAAGAGACGAUAGAAGAGCUUAAAGGAAGUUGACAUAACCCAGUUGGCCUUAUUCGAAUAUUUAUAGUUUCUAAGAUACAGUUUUUUUUUUUGGGUGAAUUAACUUUUAACUUUACGGUUCAGCUUUGAAAUCCAUUAGCAAAAAUAGUAAAGAAAUAUGGUCUCUGAGGUUAGUUUUUAAAAAUCUAUUACACUUUUUAAAAAAAACUGGGCAAAAUUAACAAAAACACUCACAGGAAGAGUGUCCCCACUUUAAAAAUAGAUAAAAAUUUCUCAAAUACUACUAAUAACUAUGUAAAUUUACGAAUUAAAUACUCAAAUACUCAAAUUUUGACUUUUUUGAGUUUUUUAUCACUCUUUAAAAUAUAUGCAAUACUAUGAAAUUAUAUCUGUAUUUGUGUCCUUAUCUGGCUGCCGUUUAUUAAAAACUAUAGAAGUAGUGCAAGGGCAGUUAGGUUCAGUACUGUAAAAAACUAGCUUCAAUUCUUUCAGCAAUAGAAUAUACUGUUUUUAUGAAAAGGGAUUUUUUUUACUAUUUAGCCGCGUUUUUGGAAAAAAUGUGUAUUGAUAGAUACAAUAUACCUCGAAAAAUUAUUCCAAAAGAAAAUUCUAAUGGUAAAGAAAAAAUGCAUGUUUGAUGAUUUUACAAAGUUUUCAGAUUUUUCAUUUGUAGUUUGUUUUCAGAACUAUUCUUGCAUUUUUAGAGAACUGUGCUGCGGUAAUUUAAUGAAAACUAAUCGAAACAAAAAAUAAACAGAGGUGAAUUUCUGAUUUAAGUGACUUUUUUUAUUUUCUGAGAUUUCUAAGAUCGCUCGUUUGAAAGAAUUAGCCCGUUUAUGUUUGUAUGGUUUGUUUUUUUCUAAAGAAAUUAUCCUUCAGUAUAACUCCUUAGGUUUAUCAUAUUUUUAUCUUUGUAUUGUUUCAUGUAAAAAGGUCGUUGAUAAUAAAUAAAUUAUUAAAAGUA